AUGGAGCCAAAAACCCCACAAAGGAGACCUAAUUACUUGGACAUAGCAAGUGGAAGCGUUCCAGACUUCAAAGCCUCUACUGGUUUGAGACCAUCGCCGUAUUUAAAUGAUUCCCCGAACCUUGAACACCCUUCUUCGCCAACAAGAAGUAUAACUGCAAAUAACGCAUCGCCUCGUCCUGAUUUCUCCCCUGCACGUUCGCCACAGUUUGCUGAUGUAGAGACAUCACCGUUACGCUCUCCAUCAACCCCCACACAAGAUCUCCCCACGAGAAUUGCUUCCACAACUCCACGCCUCGUUAUACAAAAGCUUGUUCUUAUCAACUUUAAAAGCUAUGCAGGACGUCAGGAGAUUGGACCUUUCAAUACGAACUUUAGUGCUGUUGUCGGUCCAAACGGUUCUGGAAAAAGUAACGUGAUUGACUCGCUUCUUUUUGUUUUUGGAUUCCGUGCGACUAAAAUGCGCCACACGAGACUUACAGCACUUAUACACAAAUCAGAAGCUUUUCCCGAUCUGCAAGAAGCUCGUGUAGAGGUACACUUUGAGGAGGUUAUUGACACACCGCUAGGAAGUGAAAAAAUUCAAGGUUCAGAACUCGUCAUCAGCAGAGAGAUAUCGCACAGCUCUGGUUCUAGCUAUUUCAUUAACAACCGCUCAUCCACAUAUACUGAAGUGACGUCACUUCUCAAGGGUCGUGGAAUUGACCUGGAUCACAAACGCUUUUUGAUCCUUCAGGGUGAAGUUGAGAGUAUAGCUUUGAUGAAACCUAAAGCGGAUGGAGAGGGCGAUGAUGGCCUUCUGGAGUAUCUUGAGGAUAUCAUUGGCACUAGUCAGUACAAACAGAAAAUCAAAGAGACUGAAGGCCAGUUAGAAGGGUUGAAAACGGAAGUCGGUGAGAAGCGUGGCCGCAUGGAGAUUUCUGAGCGUGAUCUGGACCAGUUGGAUAAUAAACGGAAGGAUAUCGCUUUUUACAUGAAGCAUCACAAUAUCAUAACUGUUGCUCGGUCUUCUCUGUACCAGAUCGAAAUGCACAAUGCUGCUGCGGAAGAAUCUCAAGCAACAACAAACCUUCAGGCUGCUAAGCAAGAGCUUUGUACGGAGAAAGGAAAGAUCAACGAUUUGGAAGGUGAUUUAAAAAAAUAUAAACUUGCGCUAGACAGUGCUAGUCACGAUUUGAAAAAAGCGGAAUCUGCGGUGUCUAGUAAGGAGAAAUUAUACCAGCAAGCAAAAAUGUCACACGUGAAGCUUAAAACUCGGUUACAACAACUUCAGGUUCAAUCGAGAAAAGUGGAGAAGACCGUUCAAGCGACAACCAAUGACAGUGAGCUUGCGAGGGCAUGGCUCAAGAAUUUUGCCCUGGAUCGUGAUCACCAGUUGCAGCUGCAGCAGAAGCUGGCAGAAACCCUCGAGAAUGAGGAAAAAGCACUUGAAGAUAUUCAAGCUACACUCCAGGAUAAAACCAAGGUGUUCAGUGAUCGAAUCGAGAAAAUCCAGCGGGAGGUGGAGCCUUGGAGAGUCAAGAUUCAAACGAAAGAAGCAUCAAUAGCUAAGCUUAAAUCAGAUCUUUCUUUCAUGAAGGCCCGCCAGGAAGAGGAUCUUGAUAAGUGGAAGGAGACAACUCGCAUUGCUCAAGAGAUUUCAGACCAGGGGAUGAAAUCUGCAGCACACCUUAAAUCGCUCCAACAGGAACAACGUCAAAAUAAGGAUACAUUCCAAAAGGUGGAAGAUGAUCUGAGUACUAUCGACCACACUAUGAAAACUCUUGCACAAAAGGUGGCAACACAGAGAGCUGCUGUAGCCUCUGCACGUGACUCGAGACAAGCGCAGCAGUCUCAAGAUAGAAUGCUGUCGGCACUUUUGGAAAUGCGAGAUAAAGACGAGCUUCAUGGAUUCUAUGGUCGACUUGGUAGUCUUGCGACAAUUGAAAAGCAGUUUGACGUCGCAGUCUCCACUUCUUGUCCAAGGCUCGAUGAUUUUGUUGUUGAUACUGUCGAGACUGGUCAGAAAUGCAUACAACUCCUACGCAAAAACAAGCUGGGCACUGCUAGAUUCAUCCUCCUAGACCAGCAGAGCCCACCCGUAACGAAUAUGACAACACCUCCAGGGGUUAGUCGUUUAUAUGAUCUUAUCAAGGUGGAGAACCCUCAUUUUCUUUCCGCAUUUUAUUCGGUUAUGGGUGAUACCCUGGUUGCUCGCACACCCGAUGAGGCCAGGCGCAUUGCUUUUGGGGGCAACAAAAGAUAUCGCGUUGUUUCACUCCAGGGGGUCCUGAUAGAACCGUCAGGAACAAUGUCCGGUGGAGGGGAGCCAUCACGAGGCAAAAUGAUGAUCAGAGGGUCUGCUGGAGUUAAAGGGAUUAUUUCUGCUGAGACCAUGGGUGAGCUUGAACAGACGCUCGCAAGCUUGGAAAUGGAACUUUUAGAGGCUCGCAGUACCAAGCAGGAGCUGGAAAAUCAGCGACAAGAGCUUAAGGAGAGAAUUUCCAAGUCCGGGACUGAGAUAGCGAAAACUAAACUUGCAUUUGAUCAGUUGACGCAGCAGAUGAACGAUGCGAAAUCGAAACGUCGAGAGCUCAAGACUGUAUACGAGAAAAGAUUGGAAGCAGAUGGUCCAUCACGGGAAAGUGCCGAGGUUAACAUAGGUGUGCUCGAAAAUGAGAAGCAGGUGCUUUUAGCUGAAUCGGGAUCUCUUGAACAAGAAAUAGCUGAUUUACAGGAGAGAAUAUUGGCUGCAGGUGGUAUUGAGUUAAGGAUGCAAUCUUCAAAAGUCAAUGACUUGCGAGAAAAAUCGUCUUCAAUCACUGACCAGCUCGCUCAGCUUAAUGAUGAGCGGGCCCGCCAAGAAACUCUAGUGAAGCGCUAUGAGUCAACACUUGAAGAUGCCCAGAGAGAACUCGGUUGUGUUGGUAAUGACCUGUUGGCGAUACAAAGUCAAAUCAAUCAAUCUGAAAAGCAAGAACUUAACUUAGCUGCCGAACUCGAAGGUGAACAUGCUCGAAGUAUCGCUGCUACAGACAAGGCGCAAGACCUUACAGAUACCCUAGAACAAACUCAAAACGCCAUUGAUGAACUCUCCUCAGCUGUGAUCGAGUUAAGAAAACGAGUAGAGAAUCAGGAAGCUAGAAAGAGGUCUGCAUCAAAACAUAUUCAGGAGUUUGAAUCCAAGCUAGACAAACUGCAUGUCUAUGAUCUUCGCCAAGCUGCAGAUUUACGCUACCCUGAAGAAGUUGAACCUUUGCCGCAGCUGAACCGCUUGAAUAAGGAUGAGCUUGAGCGUCUUGAUGUUGCUACACUUGAACAGUCUUUAAAAACCUCCGAAAAGCUGCUUGAGGGCCGUAGGAUUGAUUUGACAAUACUGGAGGAUUAUCAGACUCGAUUUGGCGAGUACACAAACAGACGUGACGCUGUUAAUGAUGCUGUGGAACGCUAUGAAAAGCUUGAAGCCUGCACUAAGUCACUGAAACAGCGGAGAUUUGAGGAGUUUAUGGAUGGGUUUCAGACGAUCUCUGACAAACUAAAGGAAAUGUACCAAAUGAUCACAAUGGGGGGAAAUGCAGAGCUCGAACUAGUAGAUCAUCUAGACCCAUUCGCAGAGGGAAUUUUAUUCAGCGUGAUGCCCCCCAAGAAAAGUUGGCGCAAUAUUGCCAAUUUAUCAGGAGGCGAGAAAACGCUGAGCUCUUUAGCUCUUGUUUUUGCACUGCACCAUUACAAGCCUACACCACUCUAUGUAAUGGACGAGAUAGACGCGGCGCUGGAUUUCCGCAAUGUUUCUAUUGUCGCAAACUACAUCAAAGAGCGCACUACCAAUGGUCAAUUUAUCGUGAUAUCACUCAGGAAUAACAUGUUUGAGUUGGCAAGUAGACUGGUUGGAAUUUACAAAGUCAACAACAUGACUAGAAGCGUUACCAUAGUGAACAACCCCGUGAGUUCUUAG